AUGGAGAAAGACUCGACAAAAGAUGCGAAUUCAAACAACACUGUACCGGAAAUGGAGACGCAACAGAGGCUCUACGAGGCGUAUAAUGAGCUGCACGGGUUGGCGCAGGAGUUCGAGACACCGUUCGAUUCUCCGGCGGUGCUGAUGGUGGGCCACCAGACCGACGGCAAGAGCGCACUUGUGGAGGCCCUUAUGGGCUUCCAGUUCAACCAUGUUGGCGGUGGAACCAAGACUCGCUGUCCUAUUACUCUCCACAUGAAGUACAACCCGGAUUGUCAUUCUCCCCUCUGCCAUUUGUUGGCCGAAUCUGACCCGUCUGUUUUCCAGGAAAAAUCUCUCCAAGAAAUUCAGGCAUAUAUUGAAGCCGAGAACAUGAGGCUGGAACAGGAACCUUAUCAGUUCUCAUCAAAAGAAAUAAUAAUCAGAAUUGAAUACAAAUACUGUCCGAAUCUUACCAUUAUUGACACUCCAGGACUUAUUGCGCCUGCACCUGCUCGAAAAAGUCGUUCUUUACAGGCUCAAGCUCGUGCUGUGGAAUCUUUGGUGCGAGCCAAAAUACAGCACAAAGAAUUCAUUAUAUUAUGCCUUGAAGAUUGCAACGAUUGGAGUAAUGCCACAACACGGAGGAUUGUGAUGCAAAUUGAUCCUGAACUUUCAAGGACUGUAGUUGUCUCAACAAAGCUUGACACAAAAAUACCUCAGUUCGCACGAGCUUCAGAUGUGGAUGUUUUUCUUUCACCGCCUGCAUGCACUCUUGAUGGCUUCAUGUUAGGCGAUUCACCCUUUUUCACAUCUGUUCCUUCUGGAAGAGUUGGGUCUGGUCAUGAAUCAGUUUACAGAUCGAAUGAUGAGUUUAAACAGGCUAUUUGUUUGAGAGAGAUGGAAGAUAUCACAGCUUUAGAGGAGAAGUUGGGAAGAUCACUUUCAAAACAGGAAAGAAGCAGAAUAGGAGUUAGCAGCCUUAGGCUAUUUUUGGAAGAGUUGCUGCAGAAGAGGUAUAUGGACAGUGUGCCAAUGAUCAUUCCACUUCUUGAAAAAGAGUAUCGAAGCACUAUGAGGAAGCUAAUUGAAAUAAAUCAGGAACUCAGCAAUUUGGAUGUAAUAAAGUUGAAGGAGAAAGGAAGAGCUUUCCAUGACCUGUUCCUGACCAAGUUAUCGCAUUUGUUGAAAGGGACAGUUAUUGCGCCUCCAGAUAAAUUUGGGGAAACACUACAAGAUGAGAGGGUUAAUGGAGGAGCAUUUAUUGGCUCUGAUGGUCUUCAGUUCCCACACAAGUUGAUACCUAAUGCAGGGAUGCGCCUUUAUGGAGGUGCUCAAUAUCAUCGUGCAAUGGCUGAAUUUCGUUUUGUUGUUGGAGGAUUCAAAUGCCCUCCAAUUACACGUGAAGAAAUUGUGAAUGCAUGUGGAGUUGAAGACAUCCAUGAUGGGACAAACUAUUCAAGGACAGCGUGCGUAAUUGCUGUCACAAAAGCUCGUGAUACGUUUGAACCUUUUCUUCAUCAGUUGGGUAACAGGCUCUUGCACAUUCUGAAGAGAUUGCUCCCCAUCUCUGUUUAUCUUCUCCAGAAAGAUGGUGAAUAUCUGAGUGGCCAUGAAGUGUUCCUAAAGCGCGUUGCCUCUGCCUUCAACAACUUUGCAGAAUCCACUGAACGAUCAUGUCAUGAAAAGUGUAUGGAGGAUUUGAUAAGCACCACUCGGUAUGUCACUUGGUCCCUCCACAAUAAGAAUCGAGCUGGAUUGCGUCACUUCUUAGACUCUUUUGGUGGAUCAGAACAGUCUACUGUGGGUGGUAAUUCUGCGUAUGCCAAUCUUUCUCAAGAUUUGCCGUCUGGAUCUCUAGGAAAUGAUAAGCAAGAUACCAAGUCAAAGGUAGAUGUAAAACUCAAUCAUUUGACUUUAGGGAAUGAUUCAAAUGAUAGUAUUCAGACAACAGAGACAAGGCUGGCUGACCUUUUAGAUAGCACUCUAUGGAACAGAAGGCUUGGCCCUUCCUCUGAAAGGAUUGUUUAUGCAUUGGUUCAACAGAUAUUCCACGGCAUAAGAGAAUAUUUUCUGGCAUCGGCGGAGUUAAAGUUCAACUGUUUUCUUCUGAUGCCUGUUGUUGACAAGUUGCCUGCACUUCUUCGGGAAGACUUAGAAUCUGCAUUUGAAGAAGAUGUAGAAAAUGUAUUUGAUAUCACUAAUCUGCAGCAUUCAUUGGGGAAGCAGAAGCGGGAAGCAGAAAUAGAGUUGAAACGGAUUCAAAGACUUAAAGAGAAAUUUAGGCAAAUUCAUGAGCACCUUAAUUCAAAUCAAGCCAUGUUGAGGGUGUGA